AAUCAGUUUACUUACGCAUUAUAAAAUUUUAAUUUAUUUUGCAUUUAUUGAAACUUAAGUUUAGAAGAUUGUUCACAACAAGCUUACAGCUUUAAAUUCUAUGUCUUUUCUAAUAUUUUUCAGUUGAAAUUUGAGUUUAUAAUUUUAAAAAUACUCGUAGCUGUCUUAUCUAAAACACUUGGAGUUUAAUACCAAGGAAUUUGAAAGAAAAUGGAACAGAAAAAUUCCGUUGAAUAUAUACGCAAAAAGAUUCGUCAAAAUUUUCAAGCUCAUCGAAAUAACCAACGUUUUCAGGAAAAUGAUUCAUUUCGUUUAGGUUUAGGUGAAAUAAAAUCUCUCGUAGAAGAAAUUGAAAAUUUAACGGAAAAGGAUGUGCAUGGACUAUGUGUUCGCAUCAAAAGAAAAAAACAUGCUGAUUCUAAUGAUUUAUUUCGUCUAUCACAAGCAUUUCUGCAAUCAAUUGAAAAUAUAACAAUGUUUGCAAAAACCCCAGGUGCUUUACAAAUAAUUGUUAAAGAACUGACAGGACAUGAUUCUGAACAACAAAUUCGAGCUGCCGAAACUUUGUGCAAUUUAUCAUUAGGUGAUGAAACAGUUUGUGAAAAAAUUGCUACUCAAGCUGGAAGCUACUUGAUAACAUUUCUCGAAUCAGUUGAUUUCCGUUUAAAGCAAUCUAGUCUUUGGACAUUGAUAAAUAUUGUUUCAACUGGUAAAAAAGGCGCUGAAAUUUUAAUGUCUAUGGAAAUAAUAUCUAAAUGUUCAGAUAUACUCUAUUCUGAAAAUAUGUCGGAAAAUGUUGAUUUACUAAAUGAUAUAGCACUUUGUUUGAACUUGACAUUGAAAAGUGAAAUAUUUAAUCCAACAACAGUUGAUUUAGGCAGAGUUUUUGAAAACAUAACUAAAAUACCCCUAGAAGAUGAGCGGAACGAAUUUGUCAUGGAAGUAAUUUUCAAUUCCCAUAUUAUAAAAUCAAGCUACACGUUCAAUAUAGAACAGUUAAAGUACAUAGCGCAAGUUACAGUUAAAAAUAUCCUUAGUUCUUCCCAUUUUUCAAAAAUGUUGUACCAUGUUCGUGUGCUUGCUAAUGUUACGUUUAUAUACAAAGAUACAUUUGUAUUAAUUUUAGAAGAUGUUUGUUUAAAUGUAAAUACUAGCUUUGCAAAUUUGUUGAACCACUUAUUUAGCUUUGAUGAUGAAAGUUUUACGAAGGAGGUCUUAUGGUUAUUAAAAAAUAUAAUAUACGUUACGAACAAUGACACGAAAACAAAUAAUUUGAUUUCGGAUUUAAAAAUACCAAUGCGUAUUUCCAAUACUUUUAUUAAUUCUUAA